AUGGCCGCCAGCAAUCGGGAUGAGAAAGAUGGAGAUUUUAAUGUUUUGGACUAUAUCUUAGGAGAGGCAUACGAUCAGGAUGACUCUUUGUGUCACCCUGAAAUGGAACAAGAUGAAAAUGAGGAACGGGCCUCCAAAAGAAGAUGUGAUCGAAUGGAAACUACCCAACGCGAGAGUCAAGAAUCCCCUGAGUGGUCCCGAGAAUUGACUCCAGAGCCACCUGGCUCACCUAUGAGCACAGAGCCAUGUGGAAGUCCACGUGAACAGACUGCAGUCGGGAAAAGGCGCGUGCAAAGCAGGUCUGAGUCUUCCACAGCGGACGGCUCCCAGAGCCUUGGGCAGGAUGUUGAUAGGUGGCACAGCAGGUCCCAGCUGCCUUCCAAAGAAGAAUCAGGCUGUGUGGAAUAUGACCGUGAGAUCGGCAGCAGGAACUGUUCCGAAGAAGAGAGGUCAGCCGCCGCUGGUUCUAGCACUGAUGGAUCAGAGGAGAAAAAGCAAGGAAGGAAGAGAGCCCGAGGCAUAGCUUCAAUUGUUUUUCGCAGAAGUCCAAGUUGUGCAUCGGAAUCAUCUGCAGGUCCGCGAAGCAAGCACAAGAGAUCAUCAUCUUCCGUUGCUGCUGUUCCGGAAGACCCCACGAGGAGGCUUCGAUAUAUUCUGCGGGAUGCGAGAUUCUUCCUCAUAAAGAGCAGCAACCGUGAAAACAUCUCCCUUGCCAAAGCCAGGGGUAUAUGGUCGACCCUGCCAGCAAAUGAAAAGAAACUGAAUGCUGCAUUCCGAUCUGCAAGAAAUGUCAUUUUGAUAUUUUCCGUGACAGAGAGUGGAGCUUUUCAAGGCUUUGCGAGACUCUGUUCAGAAUCCCACCACGGAGGACCUCCUAUACAUUGGGUUUUGCCUGAAGGCAUGAAUCUUAAGACCCUUGGAGGGGUCUUCAGAAUUGCCUGGAUUUGCAGGCACGAAUUGCCCUUCACCAAAUGUGUUCACCUUACCAACGCUUUGAAUGGACAUAAGCCAGUUAAAAUUGGACGUGACGGUCAGGAAGUUGACCUCGAAUGUGCAACGGAGCUAUGUCUCCUCUUUCCCCCCGAUGAAGGCGUUGACCUGUAUCAGGUCAUGGGUGACAGGCACCACCAGGUAAGAGUGCUUUCACCCUUGCGUUCCAGAGGACUUCCACCCCGCCGAGAAGCGGACCGGGAUGCGAGAAGGCGUCGUCGGUCAGAAGAUGACGAGGUUCAUAACAGCAGGAAGAGACCGAGGAUGGACUACGCCCCUGGGUUUCGUGAGAGACCAGCGCGUAGGGAGGACGCACGCCAUCCAGCAGCGGACAGAAGAUUUUCAGGAGUUGCCAGAGGUGUUUUCAUGAAGGGCUCCUACGAGGAUGACCUGAGAGCAUUUCACAACAGCAGGCCACCAAGGCCAAUGCGGGACAUGUCCCCUGGUCGAGGAAGGGGACAGCCUUCCUACCGCGCUGGCCACCAGCAGCGUGCUCUCCCUUUCCAGGACUCUCGGUCAGGACGUCGACCUGUGCCACAGGAAGCAAGACACAGAGGUCAACCAGCAUGUGAUUCUGAUAGGCGCGUAGAGGACUUCCUGCGUGAAACACGAGCUAUCUUUGGCUCUCAGAGACGGAGACCCCGUGAAUGGGAUCGACCCGGAGAAUGUGAUAGUUCCCCAUAUGGCCGGAGAGACAGGGAGGCGCGUGAAUGGCGAGAGAGGAGGAGAGACGAGGAGAGAAGAGAGAGGAGAAGACGGGAGAGGAGACUGACGCGAUGCAGCUGCCCCGAACAUCUUCCAUUCAUCUCCUGA